AGUCAGUUUCUGCAGCUGGGGGAGUUUCAGUGGACUAGAAGCUCUGCAGGGCGCUGAAGAGCGCGCGCGCACAGCUUGCUCUUUCAUAUAUUUUUUUUUUUUGCUUCUUUACGCGUCAACGUGAAGUGGGAUUUUCUUGUUUUGAACAACUCCGGAGCCCUUGUCACCAUGAGCGCCGGACAGGGCUAUGAGAAGAAGAUCGCGAGCAUUCUCACAGACCUUCCCGGAUCUAUGAGCUGCCACCCGAGCUCCAAGGACUCCCCGACUCUGCCCGAGUCCUCGGUGACGGACAUGGGCUAUUACAGCGGGCAGGCGGCGCACCACGAGUACUACCAGAGCCAGCCGUACGGACAGCCCAUGAACUCUUACCAUCACCAGUUUAACCUGAACGGGAUGGGGGCGGCUGGAGCGUACGCCACCAAGUCUGAAUACCCCUACACUAACAGCUACAGACAGUACGGACAUUACAACAGGGAUCACCUGCAGGCCUCUCCUCCGGGCUCAGUGAAAGAAGAGCCAGAGCCCGAGGUCCGCAUGGUGAACGGGAAGCCCAAAAAGAUCCGCAAGCCGCGGACCAUCUACUCCAGCUACCAGCUCGCUGCGCUGCAGAGGCGCUUCCAGAAGGCGCAGUAUCUGGCGCUGCCAGAGAGAGCCGAGCUGGCGGCGCAGCUCGGCCUCACCCAGACGCAGGUGAAAAUCUGGUUUCAGAACCGGAGAUCCAAGUUCAAGAAGCUGUACAAAAACGGCGAGGUUCCCUUGGAGCACAGCCCCAACGCCAGCGACUCAAUGGCCUGCAACUCCCCGCCCUCCCCCGCAGUGUGGGACAACAGCACCCCCCAGAACACCCCGAUCAGUCGGCCGCAGGUGCCACAGCCCGCGCACAGCUCGUCGCCGCCCUACCUGGAGGAUUAUAACAGCCACUGGUACCAGCAGGGAUCCCACCUACAGCACCCCGGCACCGUGCACCACCCCGUCCCGCAGCAAAGUGUGGGGGCUGUUUAUUAACAUGGACUCUUCAGUUGUCAUUCAAUAAAAAGUCUAAAGACUAUGCAGAGCGAAAUGGACCCGGAGCAGGCCUGAAAUAAAACCAUGAUUUAUUAUUUUUUAUUUUUUUGGUUUUGGAUGAGCAGGAAUGUUUCACAGCUGCGGGUUUUUUUUUUAAUUUAAAAAAAAAAAGCACAUAAAGGGAUUUCCAAUCACUUUUGGCAGCGUUUUAACAAGACUUGUGGCGUGUUUUUUUAAAUUAUUUAUCGCUUCUGUUGUAUGUAACUAUAUUUUUUUGUAAAUGAAUAUGCAAUUUUUGUUGUUGUUGUUUUUUUUAUAUUAAAUACAUGUAGCCUAGACACACAAAAACCAAACUGUGCUGUUGAUCCAUGCUGCAGUCAAAUCAUGGGUUUGUAGAGAAGAAAAACUCAGGACAUAUUUAUAAAAGAUUUGUACAAAGAUGUUGAAGGUUGUAAAUACGUGUUUAUACUCAGAACCACUAUGAUCAGAUUCUUUUGGACCGGGAAGACUGCACGGUGGUGCUACCUUUUUUAUAUUCCUGUAAUUUAGUCAGCCUGUUGCCUUUUACUGUUAAAUGAAU